AUGAUCGCCGCGACCACCGGCUGCGCCGCGUCUGCGGCCACCGGCGUUCGUGCAUCGUUCGGGACGUCGAGCGCGUCGCGCGCGCGGGGAACCGGUUCCUCGCGCGCCUCCGAUGCGUCAAUCUCCGGGCGUCACGCCGAGACGUCCACGGCGGUGAGGUCUGGCGGCCGAGUUGGACGGGGCUGGUCAAGGCGUGCCGCCGGCGUGCGUUGCGCCGCGGUGAGAAGCUCCCGCUCUCCCUCGAGGCGAGCGGAAAAGCCGCAGCUGGCCUCCAAUAAGGACGGUCGCGGGAAGGCCGUGGCCGCCAACGCCAUCUCCCCUCCCAACGCCGACGCCGAUUCCAUCGGCGGCUCGAUUGACGAGUCCAUCCUCGGCGAUUUCGCGUCGCUGGAGCAGAUGGAGGUUAAGGACUUCGAGGAGCUCAGCGCCAAGGUGGCGCAGCUGCAGGCGGCGCUCGCCGAGGUUGACAACGUCGGCGCCGUCGACAGGGCGGAGCUCGAGGAGGCGUACAAGAUCCCGUCGUUUGAGGAGAACGACUCGGCUGACGAGAGGGAAGAGGUUGACGCCGAGGCCGCGGCCAAACCCAAGCCCAAGCCCAAGAAGAAGGCUGCGGCCAAGCCGAAGGCUGCCGCCUCGACCGCGCCCAGGGCUAAGCGCAAGACGGUCAAGAGGGUGAGCACGAAGACGCAGCUCACCGGCAUCGUCGCGGAGCCCGGGUCGGCGCAGGAGGCCAACGAGGCGUCGGCGGCGGAGUCCCGGCGCAACAGGCGCAUCGCGAGGAAGAACGCGGACACCAAGAAGCAGACGGACUCGAUGAAGACGUACCUCAAGGAUAUCGGCACGGUGAGCCUUCUCACCGGCGCCGAGGAGGUUGAGCUCGCGAAGCGCAUCCAGGACCUCAUGUACCUCAACAGCGUGUGCGAACGCCUCGAGGAGGAGAACGGGGGGAAGGAGCCCACGCGCUUCAUGUGGGCCAUCGAGUGUAACAUCACGGAGCAGGAGCUGGAGCGCAGGCUGGAGGAGGGGAAACGGGCGAAGAACGCGAUGAUCCAGGCGAACUUGAGGCUGGUGGUUUCCAUCGCCAAGAGGUAUGCCAACAAGAGCAUGAGCUUCCAGGAUCUCAUCCAGGAGGGGUGCGUGGGUCUGAUCCGCGGCGCGGAGAAGUUUGACUUCAAGCGCGGCUACAAGUUCAGCACCUACGCGCACUGGUGGAUCCGUCAGGCUGUCACCAGGUCCAUCUCUGACCAGUCGAGGACUAUUCGCCUCCCCGUGCACCUCUUUGAGAUCAUCAGCCGGAUGUCCAAGGUUGAGCGCCAAAUGGUGCUCAAGCUCGGGCGCGAUCCCACGCACGAAGAGCUCGCAGACGCGAUGGAAAUGACGGUGGAGAAGAUCAAGCAGAUCAAGAAGGCUUCGCUCGUGCCCAUCUCGCUGUCGCAGACGGUGAACAACAGCAACGGCGAGGACAAGAGGACUGUCGAGGACACCCUCAUCGACGACUACACCGAGCACCCGGAGGGCGAGACCGGCAAGGUGCUGCUGAAGGAGGACCUUGAGAACGUUCUCAACACGCUCAACCCGCGCGAGAGGGACGUGCUGAGGCUCAGGUACGGUUUGGACGAUGGGCGGGUGAAGACGCUUGAGGAGAUUGGAAAUGUCUUCUCGGUGACGCGCGAGCGCAUCCGGCAGAUCGAGGCAAAGGCGCUCAGAAAGCUGAGGCAGCCGAGCAGGAACGGUAUCCUCCGUGAGUACCUCCCCAAUGACCACGAAUCCGUGAUCGAUACAGCCUAA